CACAAACCCACCACACACCAUGCUUAUCAAGACCUCGUACCACGACAUCCCAACCAAGGCCAACGGCCGCGCGGGCACCAUCAGGAUCUUCAUCAUCGAGCCCAACGUCCCAGGCUACCCCGAGGCCAAGUUCCCCGGCUGUGUGGUCUUCUCCGAGAUCUACCAGGUCACUGGGCCCGUUGAGCGGUUCGCUGGAAACAUCGCUUCGGAGGGUUACGUCGUCGCUCUCCCCUCGAGCUUUCACGAGUUCGAGGGACCCGAAGCUAUCCCCUACGACACGGAGGGUACCGACCGCGGCAACAAGUACAAGAUUGAGAAGACUGUCGAGGCGUACGACGAGGACGCGACUCUCUCCAUCGACUUCCUGUCUUCCCUCCCCAGCUGCAAUGGCCGUAUCGCCGCGACCGGCAUGUGUCUCGGCGGCCACUUGGCUCUCCGCGCGGCCUUCGACCCCCGCGUCCUGAGCACAUUCUGCUACUUUGCCACCGACGUUCACUCGGCCACGCUUGGCAAGGGCAAGUCGGACGACACGCUCAUCAGGGUCAAGAAGGGUGACCUGACGGGCAAGGGUGAGGUGGUCCUUAUCUUCGGCAAGCAGGACACGCACGUCGACCGCGCCGGACGGACGCUUAUCCGCGAGACGCUUGACGAUGCAGGAGCGACUUUCUCGUUCGUCGAGGUCCAGGCGCAGCACGCGUUUAUCCGCGACGAGGCGUCCAAGGGCCGGUGGGACGCUGCGCUCUCCCGCUCGCUGUUCACGCUCAUGAUCGAGUCGUUUACUCGCCUCGUGGCGCGCGACCUCGGCCCGAAGAAGAGCUCGGGGCAGAAGAUUGAGCAUGUGUGUUAAGCGGGGGACGUGCAUAUGCAAGGCUAUGAAGAG